GAAUACUACGCUUCGGAAGAGCGGAAACGCGAGCCGAAACAAUAACUUUUGUGAAUUAAAAAAGAAAGGUUUAUUGCGUUGAAUGUUAUAAUUGUGAUCAUAAUGUCUACUCUACUCGAAGUUUGCGGUCCCCUCUCGCCGCCGUCGACUCCUCCUUUGAUGGAAAACAAAGUCGAGUUGCCCUUUAAGAAGGCUGCCGUGAAGCGCACCCGGGAGUCUCCGCCCCUGGGGGUGGUGACUCCACAACCCUCAGACUCAGAAGGCGAGGAGGAAUGCAGUAAGCGCACACGCUGCGAGCUGGCUCGCCUGCUGCUCGCAACACCGCCACCGGAGCCCUGCCGCCCCUCCGUCAUCAUGCGUGCGCACAAGGACGGCACCUGCAGCCCUGAGCCGCUGCCACCACCGCCACCCAGCGGCAUGAACAUCCUGAAAACACUGAAAUUCAAAAUGAACCGCGGACACUCGUACUCCCAAGUCAAAUACAUCGCGAGUCAAGCGCAGAAUGCGGCAGUGCCCGCGGCCGCGCCCGUGCCCCUAGUGAGUCCUCCGAUCAUCAAGGUGGAAGAAGCGAGAGUCCCUUCACCUCACCCCGAGUGCCAACCGAAACCUCAGCCGGAACAGCGCGUUCCUCCCACCGCCCAGUCGCCGCAAGCCUCCCCCGCUGCGUCAACGCCGGGAUGGGUGCCCCUGGCUCCUAGACCUGCGCCGGCAGUUCUAAUGCCGGGCGCGCUGUUACCUACUACAGCUCUGUGGUUAGUGGCACCGGCACCAGCGGCGAGACGUCGCCUCUACGAGUGUUCGUACCCGGGCUGUGGGAAAAACUACUUUAAAUCGUCUCAUUUGAAAGCACACGCCCGCACGCACACCGGAGAGCGGCCAUUCAGAUGCGCGUGGCCGGGCUGCGAGCGACGGUUCUCCCGCUCGGACGAACUGUCCCGCCACAAGCGCACGCACACCGGGGAAAAGAAGUUCGGGUGCCGUGUGUGCAGCCGCCGGUUCAUGCGCUCCGACCACCUCGCCAAACACGUCAAGAGACACGCCAAGGAGCGCGCGCCACCCGCGCCUGUACUGCGACUUCUACCUUCGCCCAUAGUACCUUUACCGGCGACGCACUGAACCCCCAUUGAUUUAAGACUGUGAUCCAGAUCUCUAGUAGCUCUACUCAUCUUUAAGACUGUCUUACUACUUAAGUAGUGAUUAGCGUUAAGUGGUUAUAAUAAUGUUAUUGGAAGAAAGGAGAGAAAUUAAAGAAAAAAGUUG